GCUUUGUUCGUUUCUUUUCUCCAGCUCAUCCGCGUGUAAGACCUCAUUUUGGUCCUUCUUCUCUGAACCCGAGGGGCUUCUCUUAAAGGGUGGGGCGCUGUAGAGAACGGCCUCCAGCUGUGCCACUCGACGCCGCUGCCGUGUCUGAGGUAAACUCUCCUCGCUGCCGUCCCGGCAUCUGCAGCAAGCGGAGGACAGGUCAUUCAGACGAGCCUCGGCGACCAGAGUCGACCUGAAAAGGGGUUUUCUCGCUCGUGUGUGGUAACAUGUUCGUCUUUGUCCGGCGUGGCGCGUAAAAACCUGACGGGAACCUUGUAAAACAGAAGUUUUCUGAAGUUGAAAACUGCGCCCUGGACGUCAGAGGAAGAAAUAAUGAUCCUCCGAAGAGUCGAGCCUCAAUGAAAUAAUGGUUUCAUACAUCAGUGGUCGAUGGUGGAGAUGGAAGUUCCGGAACGUUCUCCCAGUCGUCCUGCUUCUGAUAUGCAUCGCAAAGUCAGCAGUGCUGAGCUGCCAGAGCAACUGCAAUGAGGUGCUCACAUCCUCUGAAGGGAUUUUUACGUCCCCCUGCUACCCGUCUGACUACCCGCCGAGCCAGUCCUGCGCGUGGACCCUGCAGGCUCCGGCCGGCUUCAUCGUGCAGAUCACCUUCCUCGACUUUGAGCUCGAGGAAGCACACGGCUGCAUCUACGACCGCGUUGUCAUCGACAACGGCUCGGGCACCAGCAAUAGCUUUUGCGGCCUGACGGCCAACGGACUCACGCUCAACUCCACUGGGAACGUGAUGACGGUGUAUUUUAAUUCUGAUUUUAGUGUCCAGAAGAAGGGCUUCAGUAUCAGUUACAGGCAAGUUGCAGUGGCACUGAGGAACCAGAAGGUUACCUUGCCACAGAACUCCAGAGAUGUGAUUAAAGUGACCAGCACGGUGUCCAUCCCUGAGCUGAGCGAGUUCACAGCGUGCUUUGAGAUCGCCCGCUUGACCCAGAAAGGCACAGAGACCAUCUUCUCCUACUUGAAUGCAAGCAAAGGCUUUCUGCUGUCCUUUGGCGCCGUUGGGAGCAAAAUGGAGCUGAGCAUAGGCAGCGUGAAGUGUUUCAUCGAUGACCUGGUCACCCCAGUAGAUCUCACCUCCCAGAUACAGCUCUUCUGCCUCACCUGGUCUAAAACCAACGGCCGUGUGGCCGUGAACUUCGGGGGAAACUACCGGGCCAAUACCUGCACCGCUUCGGUGGGCCUGAGUGUGGACACUGGCGGCUCCUUAGAGUUGGGGGGCGGAGGAGGAGGGGGCCAGAACUUCAACGGCAUCAUAUACAACUUCCGCCUGUGGGAUUCUGCCAUGACCUUCUCGGAGCUGUCUGCACUGGCGUGCGAUGCCGUGGGUAACAUUGUGGACUGGGACAACAGCUUCUGGGACAUCCCGGCCUCAUACGCGCAGACGGACCCCAGCCUCAGCUGCAUCUGUUACCCACAUUGCAUACAUUUAACAACAACUGCUUCAUCCCGUGGUACCACCCUACCAUACACUACUCCUCAAACCACCAGCUGUUCUUCCUCUGGAUUGGGCUGCCCAGCACCAUUAACUACUACCGCCCCAUCCAUUGUCACCACUAACACGAUUCCUACUAAUGCAACAACCAACGCACUUUCCACUACCAUUAUAUUCACAACCACUCCUACCAUUUCUUUAACCACAACCACUGUUCAAACUACAUCAUCCUCAACUACUCCAACUACCACACCCACCACAGCCAGCACCACUACUGAGCUUCUGACUACUGCCACUACUGCAACUAGCAUGCCGCUAACCGUUUCUACUGCUGUUUCUUACACAGCUACUACUAGCAUGCCUUUAACCACAACCACUGUUCAGACUACAUCAUCCUCUGCUACAACUAUUACACCAACCACCACCAGCACAACAACUGCUGCUGCUACUAUUGCAACCAAUGAGGAUACUUUCUACAGCAUUACCCUAACGAGUCAACGAGAGAUCACAGAGGAGACCAUGGCAAACUGGUUCAACCAGACAUUUCAAGGCUGGAACUACACUGUUAAAGUAUAUAAUAUUAGCAUUCAACCUGGCACUGAUGCCUCCAGCAAUAGAUACACUUGUAAAGCCCUGCUGUUGUAUAGAAACACUACAGGGAAAGAUCUGACGAGCACUGAGAUUGAGACCAAGCUAAACAGCUCUUCUGCGUCUGGUGACCUGAGGUUGGAAAAUGUAGUCGUAAAUGUCAUUGAAAACUGUCCGGAGGAGGAGACGCUCCAUUAUAAAUGGUUAGAGACGAGACCAUUAGACACCAAGAACAUCUCCUGCUUCCCCUACAAGGAGCAGAAUGCAAGUAGGACAUGCAUCAUCAGCCCUGAUAAUUAUACAUCAUUGUGGGGCCAACCAGACUUCAGUAACUGCAAAGAUAUAGAAGAAAUUGAAGUUUCAUCAGGGAACGCUGCAGAGGUGGCUGUCCAUCUUGCUGACAUCACAAACAACGAGCUGUCCAACGCGGAGGUUUCAAAAGUUGUUACUGUGGUGAAGAAGCUGGUGAAUGUGGCUCGAAUCAAUGCCACCCUGGCCACCACUGUGGUCACCAUCAUCUCCAACGUGAUGAUAACCUCCGACUCUGCACAGGUGGCUGCCUCAGGAACUGCUCUGAAAACCAUGGAUGAACUGGUGCAGAAGAUUGAGUUUGAGGGCCCGUCUCUGAGCAUCACCUCCAAGAACCUGGCAGUGGGCAUCUCAGCUCUUAACAUCAGUAAUUUCAAUGGAACCAGCUUCAGCGCCUUUAUUCCUCCCAAUGGAACAGACCCGCAGAUUCAUUUUGAGUCAGAGAUCCAGAAUCCUCUCGCCGCUGUCACACUGCCUGCCACGUUACUGAAUAACCUGAGCACCGCCGACAUUGAGACCAUCUCCAGAAUAAAUUUCAUGUUCUUUAGCAAAACAGGGCUCUUCCAGGACCAACAGAGCAAUGGCCUGUCUUUGAACAGUUAUGUGGUGGCCAGCAGUGUGGGCAACUUCACCAUCAGCAAUCUGAGAGAUCCUGUCCAGAUAGAGAUCGCCCACCUGCAGUCCCUUCAGGAGAAUGCAAAGCCACAGUGUGUGUUUUGGGAUUUCACCAUGCAAAAUGGAAGUGGAGGCUGGAAGAGUGAGGGUUGUGUGGUCAGCUCUGAGUCCAGCAGCAACAGGACAGUCUGUCUGUGUAGCCACCUAACACACUUUGGCAUUCUGAUGGACAUUUCCGGAGCUGCAGCUCAAAUCGAUGAGAGGGACACCAAGAUUCUCACCUUUAUCACGUACAUUGGCUGUGGCAUCUCUGCCAUCUUCUCAGCAGUGACAAUACUGACUUACAUUGCCUUUGAGAAAUUGCGGCGAGACUACCCGUCAAAGAUCCUGAUGAACCUGAGCACCUCGCUGCUCUUCCUCAACAUGGUCUUCCUGCUGGACGGUUGGCUGGCCUCCUAUAACAUGGAGGGCCUGUGUGUGGCGGUGGCCGUCUUCCUGCACUUCUUCCUGCUCACCUCUUUCACCUGGAUGGGCCUGGAGUCCAUCCACAUGUACAUUGCCCUGGUCAAGGUCUUCAACACCUACAUCCGGAGAUACAUCCUCAAGUUUUGCAUCGUCGGCUGGGGCCUUCCUGCUGCAAUUGUAGGCAUCGUGGUGGCUGUGGACAAAGAUUCCUAUGGGAAGGAGUAUUAUGGGAAAGGAGAAAAUGGCCAAGGCUCAUCUGAAUUCUGUUGGAUACGCAGCGAGGUGGUUUUCUACGUGACGUGUGUGGCCUACUUCUCCAUCAUCUUCCUCAUGAACGUGGCCAUGUUCAUUGUGGUGAUGAUGCAGAUCUGUGGUAGGAACGGCAAGCGCAGCAACCGCACAGUACGGGAGGAGGUUCUGCGCAACCUGCGCAGCGCAGUCAGCCUCACCUUCCUGCUGGGCAUGACUUGGGGCUUCGCAUUCUUUGCCUGGGGCCCUGUCAACCUAGCCUUCAUGUACCUCUUCUCCAUUUUCAACUCUUUGCAAGGUUUAUUCAUAUUCAUAUUCCAUUGUGCUCUGAAAGAAAAUGUACAGAAGCAGUGGAGAAGAUAUCUAUGCUGUGGAAAGUUCCGUUUGGCUGACAAUUCAGACUGGAGCAAAACAGCCACUAACAACACCAAGAAAGUGAGCUCAGACAAUCUGGGGAAGUCACUCUCCUCCAGCUCCUUCGGCUCCACCACGGCCAACUGGACCUCCAAGGCCAAAACCACGCUGAACCCCUUCGCAAAGCGACACAGCAGUGCAGGUACAGGUUAUUCUAACCAGACCGGCCCGAAGUGCAGCCCUUCUGAUGCCGACGCCUCCACCUCCUCCAUCCUGCCUGUCCACCAGGUCCUGGACAAGGUGAAAGGCUACUGCUCGGUGCGCUCCGACAACUUCUACAAAAACAUCAUGAUGUCGGACAGUUUUAGUAACAGCACCAAGUUUUAGAGCGAGGGAGAGCAGGUAAGAGAGAGGAGAGACCGAGUUAGACCUUCUAUGUUGGGCAGGCUUUUCUUAGACCAGCAGAACACUAGCAACAUGUGUAUACUGUACUAUACUGAGCUAACCAACCAGAAACGGCAUAGAGCGACGCGUAACCAACCCUGUAGAGAGGGAAAGCUGUGGAGGGAGUGAUUUUACAUACUGUGAUGUUCAAACUGACUGUCUGUGUCCUGUAAAUAUUCAUAGUAUAUUUUACUGUAUGUCUAUAUGUGCUUUUUUUUCUAAUUUCUCAUUUGUGUACCUUCUUUUUUGCACAUCACUUUGUUUUUUGCUUUUGUUCUGUUCUCGUUUUUUUUGUAUAUACAUAGCUGCAUACGUUAUGUUUAUAUUUCUGCUUCACAAGAAAUGAAAUAAAUACAUAAAUAAAUAAAAAAGCAGGACCGUUUUGACCCUGAAGGCUCCAAAACAAGACACUUACUGUAGCUAUUUGUGGAUCUGUUUGUGCUUCAAAUGAACAAGCAUUUUGGUUAAUUACGUUCUGCCGGUCGCCUCUCGUCGCCACAACAAGCCAAGUAAACGUUUCCGCUGUACAGGAGUGAAACUGAGAUAUUGUUUAUUGUGUCACUAUUUAUGUUGCUCUUGGUUUUAAUUCACAUGCUCUACUACUGAUUAACACUUUACAGAGGAUUGUUCGGACAAACAGACACUACCGUUCAAACGUUUGGAAUCAUCUGCCAUGUUAAGUUUUUUAUUUCUUAUAAACUACUAACUUCUACAGUGAGAACUUAUUAUAGAAAUCCUUGCCCAAAAGGUGGAGUAC